CUGAUUCCCCCAAUCUAUUCUCUCUCUCCCCCCUCCCUCCUGAUUCCCACUACCACUUCUUACUCCUUUAACACUACUCCUUCGCUUCCCCAAGAGUAUUACCUACUAUUCUCCUUCUCUGCUAUCCUUUUGCAGUGCAGCUAGCUCUGGUGAAAUUAAAAUGAGGUUCUUCUGAAAAGAAGGGGCGUGGCUGUAAUUAAUUUAUUUUUCCUUCUUCUGAUCAUUUGGCUUCGUUGAAUGGGUCUUACUUCUCUGCAGGUCUGCAUGGACACAUCUGACUGGUUGCAGGGCGCGACUCACGAGGAAAAUGGAAUGGAUGCUUCGUCGCCUUCCGGGGACUCCAUUAUUACAUGCUCAAGGCCAUUGCUGGAGAGGAGGCUGAGGCCCCAACAUGAUCAAGCACUCAAGUGCCCAAGGUGUGACUCCACGCAUACCAAGUUCUGUUACUACAACAAUUACAGCCUCUCGCAACCACGCUACUUCUGCAAAACAUGUAGGAGGUAUUGGACCAAAGGAGGCUCCCUCAGGAACAUUCCUGUGGGCGGUGGAUGCAGAAAGAACAAGAGGGUGGCUGUUAAGAAAUCUGAUACUGAUCAAUCACUACUUAACAAACACCCCAGUUCAUCAUCUCACGACGUUACAGAUCUGCAACUUUCGUUUCCUGAGGUGCAAUUGUCACACCUAACCAACCAGCUGUUUGGCCAUCCUGCUGCAAGUCUCGGGAACCCUAAUUUCAUGAACAAGUACAAUAAUGCCGUGCUAGACAACCCUAGAUCGGUCGAUUUCAUGGAGAACAGCAAGUUAUUUGAUGCCAUACUGGGAAACUCUAGAAACCAUGAUUUCAUGGGAAACAGUGAACUGGGUCUUGUGGGCGGCCUUGGAGUUGGAGAUGUUGGUCAUGGGUUCACACCUUCUAAUAACCUCCAUGCUGUUAGUUCUCCAUUUGGGUUUUCCCUUGAAGGGAGCAGCGGGGGAUCGUUUAUGGACACUUGCCAGAGGCUAAUGCUUCCAUUAGGAGGCAGUGAGGAUCCAAACGCUAUAGAAGCGAAGCCAAACAACAAGCUCCUGACCCUUGAAUGGCAAGAUCAAGGUUGCUCCGAGGUUGGAAAAGAUUCAUUCGGGUAUAUCAACAGUCUUGGCUCAUGGACUGGGGUGAUGAAUGGUUAUGGAUCUUCUGCAACAAAUCCAUUAGUGUAGAUCAAUCCAACCACUUGUUAGCAUUUUUCCUACUACCGAAGGAUAGGCUUUCGUGCUGUUGUUUCUUGUGGAGGUGGUCUUCCAUCUUUUUCUUUGGGUUAUCCCUUCUUUUGGUGGUGUCUUGGGAGUAAAAGACAUUCAAAGUUGUAGGAUCUUGUUGUCAUACGAGGGAGAUAUAAUAUUCCUUUAGAAGAAUAAUAAAUUUUAGUACAUCUUUUUUUUA